UUAAACGAUGAAACUUUAUUAUGCAAAAUGACCACAUUAAAACAGAUCAGAGGAGUUAGUUUGGUGGUAACUAGUGGUGUAUGGAUGUCAGUCAAAUGAGUGUGUGAAGGGAGAGACAACAUAGGGUCCAUAUCAAACAAUACAUUUCUUUAAUAGGUUAUGAGCGAACAAACAAACAGACAAACAAACAAGGGGGUUAAAACGUACCGCUAUACGCUUAACAAAAUAUUUAUUUAUUUAUUAAUUGGUUUAUUUAUUAUAACCUAGACCCAUGUUGAACACACAAGGUGAUACAAACUUGUUUUCUAUUUAUUUCAAUACAGCUAUUAAAAAACUAUAGGUCAUUGAACCGCUCUUGAACAGUAAACAUGUUUGUAGGGCACAUACUCGGCUAGCAGUCUGAAAACAUACACCAGACUGCUUUUUGAGAUUGUUUGUAUUUAUCAGACCGCAAGUUGUGUAGGAGCUUUUAUGCCAGUGAAUACAUCUGUGGUGUACUUCCGCUAAUCAUGACUUCCGGUUUUACCAACUUUUUGGGGAGGGGUUUGAGGUUGUACAGAGGACAAAUCCCUAUUUCUGUUUUGUUGUUGUUGUUUUUGUUGUGUGUGUGUGUGUGUGUGUGUGUGUGUGUGUGUGUGUGUGUGUGUGUGUGUGUGUGUGUGUGUGUGUGUGUGAGAGAGAGAGUGAGUGUGUGUGUGUGAGAGAGAGAGUGAGUGUGUGUGUGUGUUUGUGUGGUGGGGUUUGGUUUUUGUUUGUUUUGUUUAAUUAGAUUUGGUUAUUAAAAUAUAAAAAAGGGAAAAAAGAGUAUAUUUUAGUUAUGAGUGUAUGGGCUCAUGUUUACAUAUUAUGUUAGAUAUGAACAAGAGUAGCCUACACUGCAUAAACUUUCCUAUUUGAAAAGGUAACAUAUUAGUCUAACUAGUAAAAUUAGUUAACUAACUAAUUAAAUAAGAAAAUCGAUGAGAUAAGCAAAAAUUACCCAAUAAGUUUUCUUGAAACUAGCAUUAAAAUGAUUCCCUAUCCAACAUGAUCUAAUUUAAAACUAGUUUUGAAAAAAAGGCUUAGAUUAUAUACUAAUUGAAACAUACUUGUAAAUAUUAUAUUCCGAUUCUGCAAACUACGUUUCACUAUAGGUGCAAUUAAAUUCCACCCAAUGCACCUUUAAGUCUGUUUGGCUUCACAUAAGAAAUAAACUGUCAGAAAUUCAAGUUAAAGAUAAUUGAAACUACAAUACUUGUAUUUAAAGUUACCUAAAUUUCUGAGAUUAAGAGUUGUGGCAUGUGUCUGAACCAGCAAGCUACCAGGGCUUACCUUUUCAUUUUUUUCACUUUAAGAAUUCAUGUCUUCAAACACUUUGCUUUGAGUAAUAACUGUGUAAUCCACGUUUUAGACUUUGCAUAGGGUGCUUGACAGAAAUAUUUGUCUUUGAUUUAAAAAAGAAAAAAGGUUUGAUCACACACAAACCACAAAUAUAAAAAUAAUAAUAGAAGAUGAAAUAAACAAUAAACAUAUUGAUGAAAUAAACAAGUCUGUAGUAAGAGUUUUUAAGUGGGCUAUAAGACUUGAAAAAUUGACUGUACAAAGGAUUGUGCUACGGAUCAAGAAAUGAAGUGUAUGAAAUAGUGAAAAGGUGAUAAGAGCAACAUAAACAAACAAAUAAAUAUAAUAUGUGCAAUAAAUAAUUAAAUUAUGUAAUAGUGGAGACUAAAUGCAAUGUACACCCUUUAAUCCAGUCUGAUGAUAUAUAUGAAAGUGGCCUAUUCCUGCAUCUGCUGGUAUUAGGUGAUGUAGGUGUUUUUUUGUUGGGAUUGGAUGGACACCCCUGUAUUAAGUUACAGACUGAUGAAUUUACACAUGUAAAUUACAAUUCAAAGCUAGUUUUUUCAGUUAAGAAUGAGGGCUCACAUUAAUACAAGAGAUAAAAUAGUGGCUAUGAAGACUUUCUUUUAAAAAGGACAAAUCUAAGAAAAACAUUGACCUGACAGUCUCAGUGUUCAUUUCCUGCUUUGGUUUCCUUUGUAAACCACAUCAUUGUGCGUUAUCCGGUCUCUGUGUUUCACCUUUUAACAAAUCUAAAUGACCCAACUGUUAAGUCUGUGUUUGUCCAUCAGUGGUAAGUUAUUGCAUAAUGAGCAAAAGACUUUAGACUUCAAUACUACAUAAAUACAAUAAUAAUUGGCAUGAACUUAAAUAUGCUUAAAUAUGGUUUGUGUUUUUACAUUGAUUAUUUUCAGGUUUAACACAUCAGUCCUCUCAGCCACUUGCCACAAAUAUGCCUGUGGGUGCCUUUCUGCAGCUCAGGUGCUUUAUGUCCCAGAAGCUGACCAGGUAACAAUUAAACACUUAAAUCAAUGUAUAGUUGUCCUGUUGCCUGUAUAGAGAUAAAUAAUAUGCAGACAGAUUGGUUUAGUACUCCCUUUGGCGUUAAACAAAUGAUAUUCUUUCUCCUAAUCUAUUUGCUAUUUAUGUUAACGAUUUGGCCCACAACAUCAAAGAAUCGAAUCUGGGUAUACACAUGGACAAUUUAACUCUUGGAAUUUUGUUGUACGCAUAUCAUAUUGCUCUCCUUGCUGAAUCAGAGGAUGAUUUACAGAAAAUGUUGAAUCUUCUCAUGACAUGGUGUCACAUAUGGAGAUUAUUAAUAAAUCAAAGUAAAACCCAGAUUAUUCAUUUUAGAAAAAAAGGCACUUCAAGAAGUAAUAAAAAUAUUACUUUUGAUGAGUUUAUGAUGAUGGAAGCGGGAAUUAAAUUGUUAGCAAAUUCAUCCGGGAGGGCAUUAGGGUCUGUGGUUAGACUCUUGGAUAUUCUACCUAUUCACAACUUUAUGAUGCUUGUGUCCCUCCCAUAUUAAAUUAUGCUUCAGGGGUCUGGGGAUUUAAGGAAUCUAAAACUGCAGAUUCCAUAGAACAGAGCUGCUCGCUGCUUUUUAGGUGUUCAUAAGUUUGCUCCGAUUUUGGCUGUUCAAGGUGACAUGGGCUGGCUUCCUGGUUCUAUAAGACGUAAUUGUGAGAUGAUUAGAUAAUGGAAUCGUUUACUCAAUGUGUGAAUAAGAUACUUAUUGACCCUUAACAAGAAAUCAAAGGUCCUUAGUGGCACAGCUGAGAACAAUCCUUCCCUUGAAUCUUGAAGUCGGCAGAUUUAAAAACAUUCUUAAAGAUGAAAGGUUAUGUGAAUUAUGUGAACUCAACGAAGUUGAAAAUGAAUCACAUUUUCUUUUAUAUUGUCCCUUGUAUGAUGAACUGAGAAUUCCAAUAUUUACUGAAAUGUCUGUUAAAAACCCAGAUGAUGAUGAUAGAAUGGAUUUGUUGUUUAACUUUAAUGUUUUUAAGUUUGCUAAAUAUGUAUCUGAAGUCUGGAAAAGGAUGGUUUCUAUGUUUAAUUGCGCUAAUGUCUGUUAUCUGGUUUUCAUUUGUUAUUAUUUGUUCCUUUUUUUUGUGUCUUGUAAGCCCACUUGGGCUGGGCACUUCUGGUGCAUGACAUAGACACAAAAAAAUCAAUCAGUUAAUCAAUUAUGACUGAUUCCCCAAUCGCCUGCAUGCUCUACUCCAAAGUAGCUCUUUAUUUCAAAAUAAAAAUAAUGAAUUUAAACUAUUUUGUAUUUAAUCAUCACACCAUUUGAUAGUUUAGAUUACUAACAGCUAAAAUAGCAAUACAUUGGGUAGUGAGAGUGGUAUUGAGAGACAACAGUGAUACCUAAUCCUAUUCUAAAGAAAUUAAGUUUAAAAAAAAAAAAAAAAACCUAACAUGUCUCCUUAGCUGCACUUGCUCUGUUCUGUUAUCAUGCAUUGACUGAAGCUAUAUCUAUCAAUUUAAUGUUUUAGGUUACAGGUUGUUACGGUUAUGGCUUUGUUUGGGUACCCAAAUCCAAAAAUGAAGGAAAUAUUUUCAUGCAGUUUGAGAGAAUGAUCUUCCUGAGAGACGUCAUUGGGUGAAAGUUCCCUGAUGCUUUCUCAGCAGGGUCAAAAAAAAAAAAAAAAAAUUCUCAGCAUGGUCGAGCAAUUGCUGCCACCUGGUGAAUCUAAGGAGUUACUGCAUGUUUAUUGGUCAGAGCUCUCAAAUUAAGUGGGUUUACCCAGAGUACAGCAGUUCAUGUAGACCAGUGUGUACUGUGUCUCUACUUGCUUCAUUCCUAAACAACCUAUUUUAUUUUCACGCUUAGCCUAAACGUGUUUUUUUCUUUUUGUUGGUAUUUUUUUGUCUUUAAUUGCCACUGUUUUGAGACAAAUGUGCGCUCUGUAGAAAUUAAAUAUGCCAUUGAGUUUGUAAUUGAGUUUUGAAUAAAAUUAGCCACAACAGUCCACAAUUUGAAACAAAAUAAAAAUGACAGUGAUUGAAAAUUUAAACCAAUUAAUGUCGGGAUUAUUGGGGUUUUGCAACUAAUAGAAAUACAGACGUUAAAAAAGGACUCCUGUUUUCAAACCACAUAAUAUUAAUAAUAUUAUAUAUACUAUAAACAAUGUUUAUACAGUCCAUGGUUUAAAACUUGAAUGUAGUUCAAACUCACACAGCCAAUAAAUUGCCUCAUCAUUUCCAAAGUCUCGUUAAUCCACACGGUAGUACAGUAGUGUGUUCACGCGAGAUUAUCGUGGCAAAUCCCGUUCAUGCUUCAUUCACGGACUCCUCGUUCUACACUGUUACAAAAGGCCACAGUAUCUCCCCAUUCAAGGAAGACUUAACCUUUAUUGUGGGUUGUUUUUUUAAUGUUGUAGCACUUUGAUAUGAAUUAUUAUUAUUAUUAUUAGUAUUAUUAAUGUUGUUGUUGUUGUUGUUGUUGUUGUUGUUGUUGUUGUUGUUAAAUAGACCACGACUAUUACCUUGCUAAGUACAGACAAAAACAUGACAAACAAGACCAACUCUACAUUUGCCUUGUUCUGGGAAAUGACAUGGAAGAUACCAUACAUGUUAGGCCUAAUUCAUUGAAACACCCAUUGUAUAGCCUAUAUACUGUUUUUUACAUUAACAAUAUAAUUAUGUUGCUAAAUCGUCAGAUUCUGUAUAAACAGAAGGACCUAAUAUACCAUACACCAUAUGUAUGCUUUAUUGUUGUGGUGAAAAAUAGUAAUCUUAAAUUAUACUUAAACUAUUAUUUUUAAAAAAUUAAACAUUACCUAUAAUUCAGCCGCUGACAUGUGCCUUAGCCAAUCACUGAAUAAUGUUUGAAGAAAUGUGAAGAAUACGAGCCCUCCCAAACGCACCACCGUCCGGCCGUUACCGCCCCCUUUACUCUGAUGACGUCACUCGCGGAGUUGUCAUGGCGUCUUUGGGACCGAGGCUGCUGCUGCUGCAAUUUAGCUAAAAAAAAAUUGUCGACAAGCUGUUAAUCGAAAUGGAGAAAAAUGCAAACCUGCACCGAGACAUUGACGGGAGCUCUCUGUGCGCCACGUUCGCUGGAGAGAUGGGCGACGUUAAGGCUGUCGGCGGAGUGAAAGGAACAGCGGAGAAAUGCAAGAAUAGUGAGGCUCCUCUCAGUACUUUGGUUAACGUUAGUCGUAAUAACAGCACCACAAACGUUAGUGCUCCCGGCACCGUUAAUGUCAUUGCCAGUGCCGGGAAGUCUGACGUGCCAGAUGUGAUCCAAGUCCCCCCGGUGCAGGAGGAGAAGAAGAAGAAGGACACCGAGGCGAGUGGGUCGUGGUCCGGGGAUCAGAUCAGUAACGGGAUGGGGCAUGAGUCUAUACUGGCUGCAGGAGAUAACGAGGGUGGUGCCCUAAAGUUAGUAAACAACAAAAACGACGGCCCGUCCUCACCUUCCGCCGGGGAGAGUGCAAAUGCCAAGGCUGAGGUUUCUGCUUGUGGAAAUAACGAGCCGACAAAACUUGCCAAACCGACUCAUCUAUGUCCGGACAGCGCAAUCACAGCAAGCGUCAAACCGGGGCUGUCCUAUGAUCACACCUUAUCGGAGGGAUUGCCGAGUGGGAGUGACCCCGAUCCCAGCCUCGGCGGAGAAUCCCGAAGCAUUGAUUCACUUGAGUCCUUCUCCAACCUCAACUCAUGCCCCAGCUCUGACCUGAACAGCGAGGGGCUGGAGGACAGAGGGCUGGCCCUGGCCCUGCAGAGCGAGUACGGGGUUGAUGGGACGAAGACUUCGUGCACCAAGGACCGGGCCGCCGGCCAGUCCAUAUACCACAUUAAGUGGAUCAAGUGGAGGGAGGAGAACACGCCGAUCAUCACUCAAAACGAGAACGGCCCGUGUCCAUUACUGGCAAUUAUGAAUGUCCUUCUGCUCGCAUGGAAGGUUAAGAUGCCACCUAUGAUGGAAAUUAUAACUGCUGAGCAACUGAUGGAAUAUCUUGGAGACUACAUCCUGGAAACCAAGCCAAAAGAGAUAUCAGAGGCUCAGCGGUUAAACUAUGAGCAGAACAUGAGCGAUGCCAUGGCAGUGUUGCACAAGCUGCAGACCGGCCUGGAUGUCAAUGUGAAGUUCACAGGGGUGCGAGUCUUCGAGUACACACCAGAAUGCAUUGUGUUUGAUCUACUGGACAUCCCUCUCUACCAUGGCUGGCUGGUCGACCCCCAGAUGCAUGACAUUGUCAAGGCAGUGGGCAACUGCAGCUACAACCAGCUGGUAGAGAAGAUAAUAUCCUGCAAACAGUCAGACAACAGUGAGCUGGCAGGGGAAGGCAUUGUGGCAGAGCAGUUUCUGAGCAGCACAGCCACUCAGCUGACGUACCACGGCCUAUGUGAGCUCACAUCCACAGUACAGGAGGGAGAGCUCUGUGUCUUUUUCAGGAAUAACCACUUCAGCACUAUGAUCAAAUACAAGGGCCAGCUGUACCUCCUGGUUACAGACCAAGGUUUCCUGACAGAGGAGAAGGUUGUGUGGGAGAGCCUGCAUAACGUUGACGGAGACGGCAACUUCUGUGAUUCAGAGUUCCGAUUGCGGCCUCCAUCGGAUCCAGAGACUGUGUACCGCGGUCAGCAGGAUCAGAUAGACCAGGACUAUUUAAUGGCGCUGUCGCUGCAGCAGGAGCAGCAAAGCCAGGACCUACAGUGGGAGCAAAUCCCUGAGGGUAUCAGUGACCUGGAGCUGGCUAAAAAGCUCCAAGAGGAGGAGGACCGACGAGCCUCCCAGUACUACCAGGAGCAAGAGCAGGAGCAGGCGGAAGCAGCUGCAGCAGCAGCAGCGGCACAGGCACAGGUGUGGAGGGAGGGCUUGAGGGAGACCGAAGCAGCAGGGUCAGCAGGAGCCUGCAGAGGGAGACGAGGCGGACAGAGGGGGAGCCGUAGCUGGUGGAGCAGCCGCCGGCGCUGGGACAGGAGCAGCAGCUGGAGCCACACCCAGUCCGGGAAAACAGUCCUCCAGCGGUGAACGCAAACCCAAGAAAGAAUCGAAAGAUAAAGACAAAUGUGUCAUUUUGUAACAUACAGCGCGUGAGUGUGCGUGUUUUGUGCAUUUGCUUAUCUGUGAGAAAGGGGACUGCAUCUGUUUCUACGUGGAUAUCAGACACACAACGCACAGCCCCGACUUGACAACAAACAAGGGAAGGAGAUGUUUGACUAACAAGAGGAUUUGCUGUUCCCAAACCACUGGUGCCUGCUAUCCUCUAUCCUCAGCGGAACCUGGACAUCAGAGGAAGGGACACUACAACGACAACUACCCCUUAUCUUUGAUAGAGUCAGCCAAACUUUGUUACAAGUUGCACAGUGCACUAUAUUUGUGAUGUGAGGUCAAGUUUAUUUGGGGUGGUACAUUUUAUAGCAAAAGACAUCGUGAAGAAACAAAAGAUCACCAUGUCAACAUGUUUUUCUCCAAAAAAACAAACAUUCAUUUCUUUUCUUUUUUUUAAAUUGCAGCUUAUAAGCUUUUUUUUUUGUAACACAGACCCACUUUGUGUCAGUUUUUUAAGUUAGCCGUUAAUGCCAAGAUUCACAUUUUAUUUAUGUAUCUGUGUAACAGAUAGCUUCUGGGAGAGAUUUUAUUGUUUUUUUCUGUGAGCUGAAAGGGAUUUUUGUCCUAAAUAUUGCCUGUUGGAAAUUAACGUCACACUAUUUGUGUCCCCCCUCCGAAACACUAUGUAUCUACCAAGUCAUAUGAAUUCUUACAGGGUUUAACAAUGCCAGAUAGCUGCCAGAUACUGUAGCUAGGUCACAAUGCUCAUCACAGCUUGCCCUGUUCAGAUUUGCCUUACCAGAGUAUGGCAGUGUUGUAUUCUGCUCUGUUUGAAUGUGAAUGUGUGUUUGUUUUUAUUUGUAUGGUAUAUACAGUACACGUGUGCUAUGUGGUAUAAUGGCGUAUGAUAUACAAGUACAUGUCUUAGUUCCUGAGUAUCACUGAUGUAACAGCAAGUUUGGAAAUAGCCAAAUCUUUUUUUUACGCUGUAUGAGUUAAACUACAGAUAUGGGACAUUUAAUGUCUUUUUACGUUGCGAUUCUAUUUCACGUCAUCUGCAUUCAGGAACAGUCCAGCUGAGGAUAGUUUUGCAGAUUUUAACUGAGACAAUUUUGUCUGGAUCUGAUGUUUCGGUGUAAGACACUACUAGCUUUUGGCAGAUUAGAUUCAUAUUAGAUCAGAUGGAGUGUAGAGUGGACAGUGGUUUUACAGUUUGAAAGGCCCUUUUCAUUCUCACAGCCUGUUGUGAUGCUAUCACAAUCUUCUGUUGCAUUCUGGAUGGAGAAGUUCCACUGCAGCCAUGUUUAGAAGAGAAACACCACACUAUUCAUAUGUAAGUCACAUGUACUAGUAGUUUGGUCUAGGAAAGUUCAAUUAUCUGUGGACAUGUACUAUUUUUUUCAUAGAAACCUUGAAUCCAAACCUUGGAUCAGUGACAUCAAGAUAUACAAUCUUUACAUGUCUCCCUCUGUCAGUUUUAGAAAGGGAAAAAUUCAAUAGUAAACGUCCACAAAUUGAGCUGUCCUGGGCCUUAGGAAAUACACUAUGAAUACUGCUUUUCUGUAGUCCAGCCUUUUCAACUUUCACUGCGACAUUGAGCGUGCAAAUACACGAUGUACAUAUUUACGUAACGCAUUCUUAAAAUGGAAUAAGCUAGUGGUUUGUGCCAUUAUCGUACCAUGGGACUGCCUCCUGAGGAACUUUUUCUAUCUAUACAUUCCAAUUGGAUGCCUUGACUUAAGCCUUCUCUUGUGCGUCCGAAUGAGGGAGACAGUUGUCGCAGGAGGUCGUUCUUUGCAGCGCUUGUACAAUGGUCUCCAUUUUUGUGUAACAUUUUUGUUCAGGACAGCCUCCUGCCUUGACAGGAGGACGCGUACAUGGAGGCAGCCCCUUCUUACGGGCUUCACUUGAUGGCUAGAGUUCCAUGUUUGUUUGGCCCUAAUAAGGCUCAAUGUUUUGUAUAUAUAUGUAACACCUUACAACAUUUCAGCAUAUUUUAUAGGAUAAAAGGAAACAGGCGUACUACCAGAAUGAGACAAUCCAUGCAUUUUGACAUCAGAAUUACUCAGGCCUUUUCUGAAGGGACAUUACUUGAGUGUCUUUUUCAAAUGGUAUGCUUUGUAUCGGCACAGUUCCUUGGCCUGUAGUCACUUUCUCAGUCACAAACUCUCAAGAAUCUGUGUAUGUAUACGCACAACAAAUACUUUGACACUCUGAAGGACUUAACCCUAUAUUAUUUAAGACCCUCAUUGUUGAACUUCACACUAAAAAAACAAUGACUUAAGCUGCUCUUCAUGUGUUAACGUGGACUACCUGAAAAAAAUAAAAAUAAAAACCUCCUUGGACAGGGUUAAGAAACACUGUUAAUUAUGUAUACAUUUUAUUGACUCUUUAGUCAUUUUUUCCCCAUGCAGCUUAAAUAAAUAACACACAUUUAGUAAGGAUGAUAUAUGUGAUCUUUGAUUAAGUGAAAGCAGGAGGCUUUAUGGCAACAUUGUGCUACUUUCUUUGCCUCUUUCUUUCAUUACUAAAUUCAACUUUGGGACCCACUCUCCCAAGUUUCACCUCAUUAAUGUCUGAACAUGCUGAUUAAAACAUUCCAGUGGACGUUAAAAAAGGAAACUACAGUUCAGGCAGUUUGAAUUGAUUUGAAAGGUUUUUAUGUUAGUUGGUGUUUGUAUGAGUGAAAAGAGUACUGAGCGACACAUGCCACACAUUUCAUUUUGUAUUAUUACUUCAGAUUUAUGACGUAGCUUGCUAUUCCUAGUCAUUACAACCAGAAUUCGAUUUUUUUUUCUUUGCUGUUAUGUGUUUGUUCUACCCCUAGUUCCUAAGAUGAAUUGAUCGGAAGGAUAUUGCGUGUGUUCAAUGUCUCAAGUGGUUUCUUGUAUGCCUUGUAAAAAAAAAAGUGAUGGUGGGGUAAAUGCUGUAAAAUUCGUACAAGUUGGUCGUUGAACAUUAUAGUAGUUGUAAUUUGGUUUUGCACUGUUACAUUGAUAUGCACUAACAGAAAAAGAAACAUACCUCAUUUUAUACAGAACAUAAAUUGUGCAAGAGUGCUUUUGUUCUUUGGGUACCUUUUUAAAAACGGCCAAAAGAAUGAUCUCAACUUGGUAGCGGUCGCUCUUAAGCCAGCUGAACAAUAUUAAUUUGUAAAAGUAUGAAAGGGCUGUUUAAAUGUUCUGGCUUAAAUUGAAUGAGUACAUUUUUUUUUUUUUUUUUUAAAUAGUACCACUUCAAUAGAACUUGCUGCAAUUUGAUAUAUUCAGAUUAGCGGUACACCUAUACCAGUCAAAGUGCUACCAGUACAAAGGCCUGAGUACCAGCACACAGCUUAUAGAUGAUGAAGGUAAGCUAUGGACUACAACUAUAGAUAGAUGGAUGUCAUUUGAUUGGUUUAACAGGAGCUGAAAUUAUGUUUUUGUAGACAACACUGGUACCGACUCUAUGGGCAAAAAAUGGUGUAGGUGCACCCUUAAUUCAAGUAGUUAUUUUUCCAGUCCAGAUUCCAUCAUGUGACUACACAACUUUUCACAAACGGGUCAUUCACCCAAACUUUUAACAUGAUACAACAGGAGGACAGGCUGCUUUAUGGGGCUUGAGUGUUGUCAUCUAUGUAGCAGAGGGAGCAGUUUACUCUUGUUUUAUGAAACACAAAUCCAGAGUGCUGAACAAUCUGAAGGGAGAAGUUUUCAUUAAUGCAAUAUCAAACUCCCAGAUCUUACUUUGUGGUGCAUGUAUAGUGUUGACUGGAAUGUUAGGCAGGGUAAAAGUUUCAUUAUUAACUACCCCAAGAAUAUACUUCCCACUGUUUGGCCAUGAUGGUUAUAUAUAACGUUGCAUAAAACAUACAAGCAAAAGGAAGGUGUUUGUGAAUAUGGGAGGUUACUCAUUUGUGUUAAUUUCAAUGUUCAUCUAUCGACAUAAAUGACCAAAUAAUGUAUGUAGCCUUUCACAAUACAGUCACAUAAUGUAUAUGGUGAUAUAUAUAUAAAUAUAUAUAACAAAAUGCCUUAUAGACGAGGGACAUUCAACCUGAUUAGAAGUACCAGGAAAAUAAAAGACUAAGAUCAAUAGUUGCUUCGUUGUCAUUUUUGUAAUAACUUAGAAGACAAUCUGAUAUAUCAUGUUCAACCUCUAAAAAAGGUAUUAUCAGGGGUUAAAGUUCUCAGGCACCAUCCCUGAUUUCAGGCAUAAAGCAGUUUUAAAUUCAUAUAAUAAUUGAUUCAAUACAUUGUACAUAUUUCC